AUGGGAGCACGUAUCAGUGGGAAACGGAUGAAGGUUGCCAGGGCGCACAGCAGCCAACAGGGUAAGAAAGGAGCAGGGGGUGCGAGGAGAAAGCAAGGAGUGGUUGGAGUGUCAAAGCGUCUUGCACUGAAGUGUGGGGUGGGUGGGAAAAAGGGAGGAGCACGAGCGAGGAGGAGAAAUCGGAACAAUGGGGCGUGUGGUCGGGUGGGUGGUGAAGAGAAGUUGGAAGGGGUGGUGGGUAGGGAAAAAGGGAGGGGGCAGAGGGAAGAGGAAGGGGAGGGAGGGGAGAGAGGAGAGGGAUUGGAGAGAAUGGAGAGGGGGAGACGUUUGGAGGAGGAGGAUAGUGACGUGGUUCUAGUGGAGGGACCUGCAGUGGAAAGAACAGCCGAGGAGGGUAGUGAGGGGUGCACAGGUGUGGGAAGUGGUGCCGCGGGUUUGGGGAGCAAUGAAGGGAGUAGGGCCUUGGAUUUGUCUCAGAAAGCUGUUGGUGUUGGCAGUGAGGAGGGUACUAAGCGUUUGAAUUCGUCUCAAAAAGGUAUAGGUGUGGGGAGUGACGAGGGGAGUAAGGAUUGGAAGGAGAGGAAUGUGAUCUGCACCCAGUAUCCCACCAAAACGAAUAACGAGGCAUCUCAUAACAGGGAUAGGAACUUGAUCUGUACUCAGUUUUUUGUUAUCGAGCCAAGGAGUGGGGAAGUGGGGAGUGGAGAGGGGGAGGAGAGAGAGAGGGAGGAAGGAGAAGGAGAGGAGAUUGAAGAGAUUAUAAUGGAGGAGAGGGAGGAAGAAGAGGAGACUGAGGAGGGGGAAGAGGAGGGAGAGGAUGAGGGGAAGGAUGAGGAGGAAAAGGAAGAAGAGGAGGAGGAUGAGGAGGAGGAGGAGGAGGAGGAGGAGGAGGAGGAGGAGGAGGAAGAGGAGGAGGAAGAAGAGGAGGAAGAGGAAGCAGACUGGGGCGAGGAAGGAGAUGAUACCGAAGGAGAAAAUGAUGAGGAUGGUAGAGGUAUUGAGUGGUACGAGGGGGAUGAGGGGAGCCCGGAUGAGCACAGAGUUUUGAAAGACGAGAGGGGUGGCAGGGGUGAGGAGAAGGACAACCAUAUAGGGCGCCUGCACUCCUGUGCAGCAUGCAUGCACGGCUGGGGUAAGGAGAACGAUAAUGGACUCGUGCACUCCUGCACCGCCUUUGUGCACGCUGUGCCGUAUGUCAGCCUGCUGCUGCCGCAUGUCACCUUCACCCUGCAUGGGCUGUGCGGUCCGGAUGAGCAAGGGGAAAAAGGAGAUCUAGAGGAACAAGAGCCAGAUGUUGAAAGUGUGGUUCUCACUGUAGCAGCUUCAAUGGCAGCAGCAGCAGCAGCAGAAGAAGCAGCAGCACCAUUUGCAGCAGCAGCAUCAUCAACAGCAACUGCUUUAACUACCACCCUCUCUCCAGCUCUCUCCUUCCCUCUCCUGGCCUUCUACCAGUGGGCAUCAGCGUGUGAGCGGUUGAGUGCAGCAGCAGUGGGGGCCACGGAGGCCUGUGGGGCGGACAGCUGGCUCAUGUCACACCUGCUGCUGCAAUCAGUUCAUUUCUCGUGUACCGGAGAGGUGGCACAUGGAGAGAUGGUGGCAGAGGCUGCAUCAAUACACAUGCAGUAUGCAAGGGCACAGGACGACCUGAGAAAGGCCCUCGAAGCUUGCCGGUUGCAGGCGUCUAGGCGCAGGGGCGCACCUGCCAGCCCUGCUGGGAUACAGGACAUGAGCUUCCUGCUUGACAAGGUGCUAGCAUCAGCACUCGCCGCACAGGGGCGCAGCCUUGGGCCGAGCCUAACAGCACAGGGAGUGGGCUUUGUGGGAGUUUCUUCUCCUGCCUUCAAGCAACGUGACGGCCCGGAGAGGACAGAGGAGGAAGCAGAACGGGAAAACGGGAGUGGAGAACCGUUAGAAACAAGAGAGGAGGGAGAGGGGAUACGGGAAGUAGGGAAGGGAGAGGGGAUUGGGGAAGGCGAGGGGGGAGAGGAGAGAGGGGAGGCAAAGGAGGGAGGGGAGAUUGACCAGGGAAAGGGGAGAAAGCGGAGGAGGAUUAUAAGCGUGAGUGAAGGAAAAGAAGAAGAGAACGAAGAUGGGGAUACAAACAAUGAGGAAGAGGAGGGGUGGGGAGAAGAGGAGGAGGGUCGGCAUCGCAGGGAGUGCUUUGAAGCCAUCCAAAAGUGCCUGGAGGCUUGUGACGGGGCGGAGGGGGCGGAGGGGGCGGAGGGGGGGGAGGGGGCGGAGGGGGCGGAGGGGGGGGAUGGGGCGGAGGGGGCGGAGGGGGGGGGAGGGGGCGGAGGGGGCGGAGGUUGCGAAAGAGGCGGAUGA